AUGAAUUCAUCUCCCCCUAUAGAAGCCCCUUCGGAAAGGUCUCACUCGCCUGCUGAAGUUAAGCACAUGAUUUUUGUUAGUCUUUUGAAAGAAGGAAGAGGCGCUCCAAAGGGUAUUCCCUCUGCGACUUUGACAAAUCUUUCGAUAUACGAUCCCAACCCGGCUUUUAUAUUUGCCGCUUCUAUGUCACUAGGAGAGGAUGAAAGUCUACAGUCAAUUGUUGAGAAAGCUGCAAUAGAUAAUGCUAAGUGUGACAAACUACGCGAGGAUAUACGAUGGUAUCUAAAACACCCCGAUGCUGAAAAUAUGAGAAAAUCAGUCGGGACGCUUCUUGACGAGGACAUUAUGGCGAGAGGUCUUUUAAGGAAGGAUCCAGACAUACUCAAGAGAACAAUUUUGGCAAAGGCGUUUCUUCUUGUGGAGGAUUUCGAGCGAGAAAGACUCAACAUUGAAGCUGAGAACGAAAGUCAUGAUUUUGCAAUUCAAUUAGUGACUUUGAUAAAUGGCUGGGGGGAAGCUUCUCAGGUCAACUUGCUGUAUUUCAAGUACAAGACAUCUUUCGAAAGAUUUGAGCGUACGCUCAAGGAUGAAACUCGAAGUAGCAAGAUUCCACCCGAGAACAUUGUAUUGCCUGCUCUCUCUUGGCCAUCUAUUGAUUUCGGGGCUGAAGAAUUUUUAACGGGCAACGAGAAUCCCGAGAACACAUCUGGUGCUCAGAAUACAAACCAGAGUGGCAUAUUGACAAAGAAUUCUGAAUUCAUUCAGAAACUACCGGCAACAGCAAGACGAGAUCACGCUGAUAAGGGCUUCAAUCUUGCGGAUGGUCCAUGGAUGUACCGAUUACCACAUACAGGUAAAGAUCCUGCUAACAAACCAGGGUGGCGACCCAUCAGGGAUAAAGAUGACUAUAUGGGUAUGCUGGACGGCAUCCGCCGUGUCAACUUCAAGUAUACAGAGUGGGGACAGUCAACGAAAUGCAGUGUCAUGAUUAUGCAUUCUUUGGAUCGAGACUGUCAACAGAGAUAUUUUGAUAGACGUGAAGAAGAGCGCGCUUACAGUGCAGAGUGGGAGAAGGAGUUGGAGAAGGCUGAAUUCUUCGAUGAUGAGGAUGCCGUUGGUGAAUACGGAGAUGAUUGGACUGAAAAAUGGAAUAAAAUCAAUAAGCCUCUCCAAAAGCCCACACGGGGGACGAAAGCCUAGGUUUCUGGUAAGAAAGGAUGGCAACUCGAUUAUUUUAGUUCGCACCGCUGGAAUCGAGAGCCAGGAGUUUUUGAGGUGCAAGUCUCAACCGAAUGUUUGAUUGCGCAUCCAUAAGUAGCAAAUCCUUUUCAAGAGAAUCAAAGGCAAUGACUUUAUCACAUCACGAAUUAAAAGACCUUUUGGCAGAUCAUUACAUAGAUAGCACAAAUUGCUGUCGUCUCAAAGUAGCCAUGUUAUGCAAGGCUGUGUGGGCUUGUCAACUAUAUCCAGCUUCAAGGCAAGCAUUUACCUCAAACCCUUUUCAUCUAUUCAAGCAGGCACAACGUCUUCCUUUGAAGUCACUACAGCACUUCAUAGCUCAUGUACUACCGACAAUAUGCUGGUGAUAAAGGAGACAGAGAAUGAGACAUGGAGUUGGAGUAAAUAAGGGAGCUCGUUCGAGUCCAUGGUUUCAAUGUUGUGCAGCCUGAAGUUGUUUUCAGUGUAUUCACUUCAAAUUCUGAUAAAGCUUACUAAAAAUUGAAAAAUGACCAGAAUUUACUUUAUGCCGACAGGACCUUUGAAAAUUUCACAAUCCAUCUCUCACAAAA